AUGAUGAAAGCAGUGCGCCGGAGGUGGAUCACACCGAGCUCUUGCCGAAUCCAUUGCAAGGCUCUCUCUUCAUAUUUAUUUCGAAAAGAUGGCAUUGGCUAUAGACCCAUAUUUGAUUUCGAUUAUUAUCGAAAAAAAACUGAUAUUAUACGUGAAAAUAUUAAGAAUCGAUGUUGUGAUGCUGACAUUGACGAAGUGGUAAAAUUGCAUAACAAAUUUGGCAAAAUAUGUACAGAAAUUUCUGCAUUACGACAUGAGAGAAAUGAAAUAUCAAAGAAAAUUAAGCUACAAGAGGUCAAAAAAGGUGAGGAUGACUAUGUAAAACUUGUCGAUUUAGGUAAGAAAAUAAAAGAGAAAAUGCCACAACUGGAGGAUACAAAAUUACAUUACGAAAAUCAGUUGUUUGAAGCUGCGUCGAAAAUUCCGAAUGAUACUCACCCAGAUACGUCUCAUGUAGAACUUCAUUUUCUCUUGCUAAAGCCAAUUGGAGACGAAGAAAAUGCAACCAUUUUAAGCACUUUUGGAGAUAAACCUGUAUUUGACUUGGAUUUGAAAAAUCAUAUACAAAUUGGCGAAAAAUUGAAUUUAUUUCGAUCUGCAGCACUUCAGAGCGAUCCGAAAUUUUGCUAUUUAUUAGGAGAUGCCGCUCUAUUGGAGUUGGCAAUUAUUCAGUACGCAAUCCAAAAGCUUACACAGAAGGGUUUUACUACAAUUCUGCCUCCAGAUAUCGUCAAACCUAGGCUUAUAGAAGGAUGUGGAUAUCAUCCAAGAACUGAACAUGCUCAGAUAUAUAGCCUUGAUCCCAGCCACGGUGAAUUACGCCUCGCUGGAACUUCAGAAAUCCCUUUAUGCGGAAUGUUUAUGGAUUCAAUGUUAGACGCGAAAGAUCUCCCUUUAAGAUAUGUAGCCGUUAGCCACUGCUUUCGCGCUGAAGCUGCGAGACACACUUCCGAAGAGCGCGGCUUGUAUCGUUUACAUCAAUUUACAAAAGUGGAAAUGUUUGGUAUAACUACUAAUGAAGGUCACAAUGAAAGCGACGCGUUGUUUAAUGAGUUUGUGGAGAUACAAAAAGAUCUUUAUUCGAACUUAGGCUUACAUGCUAGAAUUUUAGACAUGCCUACGGCAGAACUUAGCAGCUCAGCCUAUAGAAAAUUCGAUAUUGAAGCUUGGAUGCCAGGCAGAAAUAAUUAUGGUGAAAUAUCUAGUGCCUCUAACUGCACAGAUUAUCAAAGUAGACGCCUAAACAUCCAAUAUAAAGGUUCUAAAGCUAAGCAUAGAGGUCGUCAGUUUGUCCAUACGGUUAAUGCUACUGCAUGUGCUAUUCCAAGACUGAUUAUCAGCAUUCUAGAGAAUUUUCAACAGCAGCCUAAAGCUCCCGCUGAUGAUGAAACAAGAUUAAUUUUAGAACACAUGUACUUAGUUUUAAGCUACUAA